GUGGCCACCUCCUGCCAGGUCCCAGCGGGGUUCCACCCCCUCCUUUCCCCCUCCUUUUCUUCCUCCCCCUCCGCGUUCCCCGGGCUCUGGCCGAGCCAGUCUGGGCCCGGGAGCCCAGGAGGCGUGUCUCGGAGAAAAUAUAUAAGCGGCCUCCGGACGCUAAAGCGGUGCCAGCGGCGGAGUCUCCAACGGGAAGAGCUGCAGCUGCCGAGCGGAGGAGAACGCCGAGGCCAGUAGGACCGACGGACACGCUGACCGCCGCCAACUGCAGCUCGCGCUGCCUCCUGCUCGCGCCCUGCCACUAAGGUCACUCCCGCCUCCCAGAGCCUAGAGCCGAGAUGGAAACGGUCCAGGAGCUGAUCCCCCUGGCCAAGGAGAUGAUGGCCCAGAAGCGCAAGGGGAAGAUGGUGAAGCUGUACGUGCUGGGCAGCGUGCUGGCCCUCUUCGGCGUGGUACUCGGCCUGAUGGAGACUGUGUGCAGCCCCUUCACGGCCGCCAGCCGUCUGCGGGACCAGGAGGCAGCCGUGGCGGAGCUGCAGGCCACCCUGGAGCGACAGGCUCUCCAGAAGCAAGCCCUGCAGGAGAAAGGCAAGCAGCAGGACACCGUCCUCGGUGGCCGGGCCCUUUCCAACCGGCCGCACGCCUCGUAGGAACUGUGGGAGACCAGCGGAGUGGGAGGGAGAGGCAGCAGACAGAGACAAACAGACCGAAAGAGGGAGAGACAGAGGGGUCGCGCGCACAGGAGCCUGACUCCGCUGGGAGAGUGCAGGAGCACGUGCUGUUUUUUAUCUGGACUUAACUUCAGGGAAACCACUGACAUCUAGAACUGAUCUACCACGAGCAUCCACCAAAAGGAGUUUGGGAUUGAGUUUUGCUGCUGUGCAGCACUGCAUUGUCAUGACGCGUCCACUACUGUGUCAAUUAUCUAAAUACGUCUACCAUUUUGCACUAGGGAGGAAGGAUAAAUGCUUUUUAUAUUAUUAUUAUUAAUUAUUACAAUGACCACCAUUUUGCAUUUUGAAAUAAAAAACUUUUUAUACCAUA